AUGCUGGUUCGCGCGCUAGUGAUGGACCUGUUGAUGGUAUUGGUGUGGGGGGUGGGUGCGGCCCCCGGGCCCCCCGGGCGAGCGGGCCCCGCGGGCGGCGCGGUGCGCGGGCGGCCGGCCCCCCGGCCCCCACACCACGCAUACCUGGGCAUCCCCUACGCCCGCCACUCCAGGAAUGACAGGUUUAAGGCUCCAAAGCCUGCCCGUAGUUGGGACGGCACCUUCGAGGCGGCGUACCAGAUCAAGUGCCCGCAGCCCGACGGUUCGGGCACCGAGGACUGCCUGGUCGUCAACGUGUUCAGCCCCGAGGGCGCUGAUGCUCGACCAGUUCUGGUGGUCGUGCACGGAGGCAACUUCCAGAGAGGCUGGGGCGCGCACCGCCCGCCCGCACGCCUACUCGCCCGCGGCUUCGUCGUCGUCACCUUCAACUACCGCCUCGGGAGCCUCGGCUUUCUCUGUCUUGGAAUCCCAGAAGCCCCAGGAAACGCUGGCUUGAAGGACCAAGUCGCCGCUUUAUACUGGGUCCACAAAAACAUAGCUCACUUCGGAGGAGACCCUCUCGACGUCACGUUGUACGGAAUAGAAUCUGGCGCAGCAGCAGUACAAUUAGUCAUGCUGUCCGAAGCUGCUACAGGACUCUUCCAUAAAGUCAUCCUCGAAUCUGGUUCUGCAUUGUCGCCCCUUGCACUGGCCUAUGACCCGAAGUUAACAGCUUUCGAUGCCGCAAUUGCAGUGGGUUACACAGGCACAGAUAGCGUCGAAGAAUUAGCAAAAUUUUACAAAGAUUUGCCGUUGGAACGACUAGUAAAUACAUCGACGAUGUUCCUACCCUGUUUAGAAAACAAUCUAGCCACCACACAUAGUUUGCUAGAUACAGAUCCUUUAGAAAUAUACAAGCAAGGAAACUACCAAAAGGUUCCGAUGAUCAUUGCCUACGCUACUUCGGUAGGCGCAUCGGCAAUCGAAACAGAAAUUGCGAAUUCGAAUCUAUCUGAGAAUUUUGCUGAUUUGCUGCCAAAUAAUUUAGCAUUUGAUGACAGCAAAAUGAAACAUAGGGUAGCUGAAGUGGUAAAAGAAUUCUAUUUGGGAAAUAAUGUUUUAGAUGGUGAUUUGGUAAAGAAUUACCUUGAAUACUUCAGUGAUGUGACUUUUGAGUUUCCAAUAGUAAAGUCUGCAGUUCUUCAUGCUGCCACGGGUUAUUUACCAGUAUAUUUAAUGAAGUUUUCAAACAAAGGCAUAAUCACAAAUGCAGAGGAAAAUAAAGCAAAUUAUAGAAGUUUUUUUGAUUACAUGUAUGAUGAUCAUGAAUUUGCCAAAGAUCAAUUAAUUGUUGAGCAAUUGGUGACUCUGUGGAGUAACUUCAUUAUGAUUGGAGACCCAACGCCACUCACCACGUCUCUGAUACCGGUAGUGUGGCCGCCUCUAAGACCCGGAGACAAUCCGAGAGGAAUGAACGUCAAAACUGUUCCAGGGCUCAUCUACGGAAGAUCACUGCAAUUGAGUGAACAACUUGCCAACGAUAGAAUACUGUUUUGGGACCAGAUAUAUAGGACAUUUUAUAGAUUACAUGUUCCGUCAUUUGACACAGAAUCAAAAGAAUCAGAAAGCUAA